UCUGCACACCGAAGACUCCCUUGCCUCCUCCUAGUUCUAGACCCUGUGUCUCUCUCUCUCGGAUUACUGGCUUGUGGGUUCCAGCAGGUGGUGACUCCAUUAGAGAACUUGGAGAUGAAGUACCCGUGCAGAGUCCUUGCAGGGACUCCUUUGUUCCUAUUCCUGCUCCUUUGCUCCUCGGCCUCUCCAGCCUCUGAUGACCAGUUCAGCAUGGGCCACUCCAGUAGACACCACUGUCUAGGGUGUGUGGUGGUGGUGUCUGUGAUCACGCAACUGGCUCAAGUUCACAACUCUACAGUGGAGGCCUCAAUGGAGAGACUGUGUAGCUACUUGCCUGGAGAGCUCUUCUUGAAAACCACAUGCUAUUUACUGGUUCACACGUUUGGAUCGGACAUCAUAAAGCUGCUUGACGCAGACAUGAAUGCUGAUAGGGUGUGUCACACGCUGGAGUUCUGCAGGCAGGAACCUGGCCAACCAUGGUGCCAUCUCUACCCCCUUCCUGAGGAAGUACGGAAGUUGACACAAGAGAAGGCCAUACGUGUUGUCACGAGGUCCACAGCUGUGAAAUAUCUUCAAAGCGGUUCUGAUAUUUGCUCACUCCCAUUUUUGGCCAAGAUUUGUCAGAAAAUUAAACUAUCUAUACAGACUUCUAUGCCAUUCAAAGAUGUUGACGCAGACAAAUACAGUGUUUUCCCGACCCUGCGGGGCUACCACUGGCGAGGGAGAGACUGUAACGACAGUGACAAGACCGUGUACCCAGGCAGAAGGCCAGACAACUGGGAUGUCCAUCAUGACUCCAACUGCAAUGGCAUCUGGGGCGUGGAUCCCAAAGAUGGAAUUCCUUACGAGAAGAAGUUCUGUGAAGGUUCACAGCCCAGGGGACUCAUUUUGCUGGGAGACUCAGCUGGGGCUCAUUUUCACAUCCCUCCCGAAUGGCUCACAGCUUCGCAGAUGUCUUUGAACUCCUUCUUCAAUUUGCCAACAGCUCUUACUGAUGAGCUCAACUGGCCCCAGCUCUCCGGUGCUACAGGAUUUCUGGACUCAACCACUGGGAUGGGAGAAAGGUCUAUUUACCUUCGUUUACGGAAAUGGAACCGCUGCAACCACAGGGAUUACCAGAACAUUUCAAGAAACGGUGCAUCUUCCAGAAACCUGAAGAAGUUUAUAGAAAGCAUGUCUAGGAACCAGCUGUUGGACCAUCCAGCCCUCGUCAUAUACGCCAUGAUUGGAAAUGAUGUCUGCAAUGGGAAGGCCGACACUGUUCCAGAAAUGACCACUCCAGAGCAGCUCUACUCCAGCGUCAUGGCGACGCUUGAGCACCUCAACUCCUAUUUACCCAAGGGCAGCCACGUGGUUUUAUCUGGCCUGCCGAAUGGAACCUUUCUCUGGGAUCAUAUGCAUGACAGAUAUCAUCCUCUCGGCCAGCUAAACAAAGAUGUGACCUAUGCACAGAUGUUCUCCUUCCUGAACUGCCUGCAGCUCAGCCCCUGCCAUGGCUGGAUGACCUCCAACAAGACACUCCGGACUCUCACCUCCGAGAGAGCACAGCAGCUCUCCGACACACUGAAGAAAAUUGCAACUAGAAAGAAGUUUGCAAACUUCAAUCUUCUCUACAUGGACUUUGCAGAAAUCACAGAGGAGUGGCAGAAAAGAGGCGGGCAGCCCUGGCAGCUCAUCGAGCCUGUGGACGGAUUCCACCCCAAUGAGGUGGCUUUGUCACUGUCUGCAGAACUUUUCUGGAAAAAAGCACAGCUCCAGUGGCCCGAGAUCCUGGGGAAGGAGAACCCAUUCAAUUCCCAGAUUGAGCAGGUGUUUGGAGACCAAGGGGGGCACUGAGACAUGCCUCUGGGCAGCACAGGCCUGGAUAAAUGCACUCAGCAGCCCACCCUGGAGGCUGGCAUCAGGCCCAUGGGCUUUCCUUCUUACAUCUUUUGGGGUUUUGUUGUUGUUGUUGUUGUUGUUGUUGUUGUUUGUUUGUUUGUUUGUUUUUGCACUAGAGAUCAAACUUAGAAGCUUGCCUUUCCCAGGCAGGUGCCUAUGAUGCUGGGCUAUCUCCCCGGCGCUCUUACAUCUCUGUAAAGCACUCCCCUCUCUGUUCACAGCAUAGAACAGAGAAUGGCGGGGUGAUGCUUUAUGCUUCUGGGAUCAAUUUCCUGCCAGCUGCCCUGGAAAUAACCUUUAAAAAGGUACUUUGGGGACCAUUCCAGAAAAGGUAGUUUUGUGCCUUUCCACAGUUAACUGCUCCUAAAAAAGCCUCUAAAAACACAGAUGCUUCCUACAGGACAUUUACACAAGGGCCUGGCAUACUCCACAAGGGUGACUUCAAAAUGGCCAGGCAAGCUGGGGCUCUGCCUAGGAGUGCCACCAAGGAUGCUCCCAAGAAGGGACAGCCCAGGUUCCGUGCAUCCAUUCUGAAAACAGAACACAAAACCAUAAAUACAACAUUAGAUGUAAACUCAAAUAGUUGUUUACAAGGAGAAAGAAACCAUAAUUACAAACCUUUAAAAGUCAGCAAGUACCAUAAUCCUGUAAAGUCCAUAGAAAUGACCUUUAUUUUUUUCUUUAAAAGUGGCUCUUCCAUUCUUUACCUGUAUAAUCUGAUUUCCUCUUCCUUACAACAAUGAUUUUGUGACAGUGUUGCCUAUAGAAAGAAUUAAAAAUAAAAUUUGUUGCAUCUU